AUGGCAGACACUAAGAACCGGGCGUCGGCCAUCGUCGAGGUAGUCGAGUUCGCCAACGGGCUUCUCACCCACGCGUUUAGCGAGAGGCUGCGGAGGAGAAUACGGGCCGAGACGAGGGAGCUGGCCGAGUUCCUACACGCGAGGGGCAUCGCCGCCGAAGCCGGGCCCGGGUGCAUCAACGGUAUUGAAGAUACUGGCGAUCUGGAAGGAGUCCUCACCACCCCCAAACAAAUCGAGACCGAGAGCGGGGUCCACCUCGUUCUCCACGGCGCAGAUGACUUUGAUGAGGAGCUGUUCAAAGAAUGUGUCAAACGCGGUAUAGCAAAAUGCAAUGUUAACGAUGCGGCCAAUGCCAGGUUCACUGAGGUGCAGAAGGAAAAGGCUGGUUAG